CUCGCUCCUCGUUCGCAACGCGACAACGCGUGCGCGUUUUUCAAGUAAACAAUUUUGGCAAGCAACAAGGCGCGGUCAGAAAUUUGUAAACUUAUGUGAUGCGGAUUUGAAUUGAUUUUCCUUAUUUCUUUAAACUUGGUUAAAAAGUCUCUCUGUCGAAAAUUUAUACAGCAAUGAUCAUUAAAGCAGCAGUGACCACCCUCCUGCUUCUCAUCAUUCACACAGCUGAUGCCGGGACUUACUGCUACCGAUGCGUGUCCACUCAUCCUGGUUGUUCAACGCCCUUCAACUGGUACUGGCACACAGGGCAGUGGUGCCCUGAGGAGGAUGACAUUUGCGUUAAAAUAACCGAGAGGAAAGGACCAAUUGAAGUAAUCACUCGAGACUGCUUGAGCGCGGUGAAACCAUUCCGAACUGACAUUCCUGCUGAUCGUUAUGAGGGAUGCCGCUUUGCUUCCAAAGACGUUAAGCUUGCUCACUAUGUCAACAACUCAAUUGCAGAACUUGACAUCAGAAGGGAUCACUUUGAUGAAACAACAUGGUGUUUCUGCUAUUUUGACUGGUGGUGCAACAGUGGAUUUUCAAACAUUCCGUCCAAGUUUCUAGUAGGAGCUAUUUUUAUAUUGGUGAAGUAUAUACUGCACUAAAUCUAUUUUUUCGAAAGAUAUACACCCAUGUGACCGCAUUGACAGUAAUUUGUUAAUGCAAACUGCUUAAUGUCACUUUUUUAUGAUCUUAGGUUUAUUCUAUCUCCGUCCAUUUACAAUGUUAAUAAAAAAUAACAGCAAAUGAAUUAAU